AUGACGCGCGGGAAGAGCUGGCCGUGGAGUUGGUCGUUAAUGCUGUCUCUCCUCCUCUCUCUGUUUGCUCACGGUAAGAACACUGCUGUGUGUCUGUGUGUCUGUGUGUUCACUAUUUCACUACAAAAGUCUGGCAAUGUGGGCUCAACAAAUUAUUUUAUCAGAGUGUGUCGCUGACAUUAGAAUAUAGUAUGGAAUGUUACUGUGUGUGUGUUACUGUACUGCUAGUGAUGAACUCUGGCUCUGAGAGCUUCUUUAUUGAUCACCGAUGUUGUUUAGCCAACGGGCCACCGCUGUCCCAGAUCACACACAGUUGGAGUUGAUCAGACAGUAGUGUAGAAGAGAUAAGGAACUUGAACUGCAUGAGUGAGUGUGUGUGUGUGUGUGUGUGUGUGUGUGUGUGUGUGUGUGCACACUGCGUAUUGGAAUGUGUGUGGACCCACCCAGCGAGGUCCAUCUGCCCUGUAGCCCCAGAGAGCAACAUUCUGUCACAAUGUAUCAGUGUCAACACACGCACACACACAUUCAUAUUAAGUGUGUGUGUUAAUGGCCAACCGGUGUAGCUACCCAUAAUCCCUUGCUCUCCUGCCAGGAGAUGGUUGCUGGGACUGAGAUCUGACCAAUCACAGCCAAGCCAACCUGGUUACUGAAGCCAGAGCCCUGUUUCAAGGCUAUAGAUCUGUUACUAUGGUGACAAACUGAAUAUUUAAUGGCGUGUCGAUACAUUUCUCCUCUCCUAUCGUCAGCGUCCCUGUCAGUAGAUUGCUGUGAGUAGUUCUACAUGGUCAAUGUUUAACCUAUAGCUGUAGCUGUCAAACCUAAUCUAAUCUGUGGUCAGUAGAGCAUGUUAGAAUUCCACACUGACACAGCUUCUUCUCCACAGUAUAGAGGGAGAGAGAAUGAGAGAUGGGGGAGAAAGACAGAGAGGGGGAGAGAAUGAGAGAUGGAGUGAGAAAGACGGAGAGGGGGAGAGAGUGAGAGAUGGAGUGAGAAAGACGGAGAGGGGGAGAGAAUUGAGAGAUGGAGUGAGAAAGACGGAGAGGGGGAGAGAAUUGAGAGAUGGAGUGAGAAAGACGGAGAGGGGGAGAGAAUGAGAGAUGGAGUGAGAAAGACGGAGAGGGGGAGAGAAAAGGAGAGAUGGGGGAGAAAGAUGGAGAGGGGGAGAGAAUGAGAGAUGGAGUGAGAAAGACGGAGAGGGGGAGAGAAAAGGAGAGAUGGGGGAGAAAGAUGAGAGAGCAGUUAAUUGAGCACCUUGGCUUCCUGUCUUGCUAGCCUGUAUUUUGAAUGAUCAUGGCUACGUGGUGAAUCAGAUCCUUUGGUGUUGUCUGUCUCCUGUGUGUAUACUGUAUCUGUUUGUUGUUUCUGAUUGACUUGACAGGAGAACUCUCAUUGGCCACCGCCAGCAGGACUGAAGUCAAGCACAGCCAAUCCUCUUUCUCUGCUGCAGAGAGGGCGGUGCUUAGCGGUGAUGACUCAGCAGAGCUGAUUGGCUUAGGGUUAGGACUUGGGGCUGGACUUCCUCUCAGCGUCACCAAGCGUGACCACUCUCACAGAAGACACUCCCACCUGGACUUUGCUGAAGAGGACAUUCAGCCAAUCAGAGAAGAGCUAACUGGCGGGGAAUCUCCGGAACGCUCAGAUGACAUCAUCAAAGUAGAGUUCCAUAACACCGACCGUCCCCUGCCCCCUGACCGCUUGUCUGAUUCUUUUUGGCUGAUGGCUGUAGCUCAGCCCCUGCAGCAGCGGGCGGGAGACCCCACGGCCUGGACCCUCUCAGACUUCUAUGACUACAUGUCCCCCGACGACAACAUUUCUGCCAUAGAAAUGACCCUUGACCCUGAGCCAACCCUGAACCCUCCAGCAGACAUUGAGGAUGAAAACCCAUCGCUCACUGGCACCACUGUUACCCCCGGCAAUGACGACCCCCAGCCCCCAUCUCAGUCUCAACCCCCCCCACCUCCUUCCCCUUCUCAGGGGUCAGAUGGGUGUGGUCUGGGCUUUGUGAGGCCAGAGGUCGGAGGUGAGUGUGUGUCUCAGUGUGAUGCACAGCCUGACUUCUGCUACAACAGAGGAGUGUGUGCCAUCGAUACGGGGAUAGGAGCAUUCUGCAGGUAAUUUAACACAAUCCUCAGUGGGAGGAGAUACAAAUCUCUUCCUUUAGAGUUACAGUACGUGUGUGUAUUGGUUGGAGGGGGUGGGGGGGGGGGGCACGCUUAGUUUGUACACUACAGAACAAUAUACAGCUGGUGUCUUUCUAACAAAGGACAGAAUACAGGACAGAUAGACCAUAGAGUUAGAAUUCUAGAUACCCCACUGACCAGCCUGGUCUCAUAGACUAGACGUAACAUAGUAGAUGUAAAUCCGGGAAACUCAAAUUAGUAUGAUACUGUAUGUUACGUUUGGUAUGGUUACAUAAGACAGAAGGUUACUUAAGGCAAAAACGAAAAUAGGGUGAUUGGUCGGGGUGGAUGGUUGGACAACGUUAGCAUUUUAGCUAAUUAGCAACUAUAUAGCUUGUUAGCUAACCCUAACCUUAACCCUUAACCCCUAACCCUAAUCCCUAGCCUGGCUAAUGUUAGCCACCUAGCUAAUGUUACCGUUAGCCACCUAGCCAACUGCCAAAAUCUCUAAAACGAUGUUGGAGGAGGCUUAUGGUAGAGAAAUGAACAUUAUGUUAUCUGGCAACAGCUCUGGUGGACAUUCUUGCAGUCAACUGCACGCUCCCUCAAAACUUGAGACAUCUGUGGCAUUGUGUUGUGUGACAAAACUGCACAUUUUAGAGUGGCUUUUUAUAAUAAUAAUAAUAAUAUGCCAUUUAGCAGACGCUUUUUAUCCAAAGCGACUUACAGUCAUGCGUGCAUACAUUUUUGUGUAUGGGUAGUCCCGGGGAUCGAACCCACUACCUUGGCGUUACAAGCGCCGUGCUCUACCAGCUGAGCUACAGGUGCUACAGGUGCUACAAGGUGCACCUGUGUAAUGAUCAUGCUGUUUAAUCAACUUCUUGAUAUGCCACACCUGUCAGGUGGAUGGAUUAUCUUGGCAAAUUAGAAAUGCUCACUAACAGGGAUGUAAACAAAUUUGUGCACAACAUUUUAGAGAAAAAAGCUUUUAGUGCAUAUAGAACAUUUCUGGAAUCUUUUUUUAUUUCAGCUCAUGAAACAUGGAACCAACACUUUACAUGUUGCGUUUAUAUUUUUGUUCAGUAUAAAUGCAGAUAGUGAGGCAGUUUGUUCUACUGCCUGUCUGUCUAUUCUAUGUUUUAAAGAUUCCCUCCCUCCCUCUCUCUAUCCCCCUCCUCUCCCCAUCUCUUCCUCUCUCUAUCCCCCUCCUCUCUCAUCCCCCUCCUCUCUCGCUCUAUCCCCCGCUCUUCCUCUCUCUCUAUCCCACUCCUCCCUCUCUCUCUCUCUCUCUCAUCCCCCUCCUCUCUCGCUCUAUCCCCCGCUCUUCCUCUCUCUAUCCUGCUCCUCUCUCUCUUCCUCUCUUUAUCCCCUCCUCACUCUCUCUCUUCCUGUCUCUAUCCCCUCUCUCGCUCCGUCUCUUCUUCUCUCUCCCUCUCCUCUCUCAUUUUGAAACUUUCUCCCUCCUUUCUCCCUAGGUGUAAUGCUCAGGACUAUAUGUGGAAUAAGGGCUCUCGUUGUGAUUGGGUGGUGACAGUCUUCCAGGUGCUGUGUGUGGUAGUGGGCGUGGCCUCUCUGACCCUCAUCCUACUCAUCAUCAUCAUUGUCUUCUUCGCCAAGCGACUCCACCGCUUCAGGAUUGAGAACAGGCGACUCCGCAAACGCAGGUCAGUUUGUGUUGUGUGUAUGUUAGAGAGAGACCUCAUUUAUUAAACGAUCGUGGAGAUGGACUCAUAUUUGAGAGUAUAAAUGGCUGUGUGCAUGCCACGUUUGUCACGUCAUUGAAAAUCCAUCUCUUCCCCUAACCCUCUUUUUUCCCCCACACAUCUCUCCUCUCCUCCCUCCAAUCCCUCUCUCCUCUCCUACCUCCCUCCAGUCUAUACCGUCCACAAAGCGAGAUGCAGACGGAUGGCUUCUCUGUUUCCAUGGCGCCAGACAGUUCCCAUGCCAACGUAAGGAAGAUGUGUGAACCCCCCCCCCCCCAACCAACCCCAACCCCACGCUCACAACCUGGCUUACAAUGAGAACAUUAUCUGUCAGAUAACUAACCCCUGACCCUUAACCCCUAACCCCUCAACCCCUAACCUUAAGCCCUAACUCUGGCUAGCUGUGUGUCAGUCUGUCUCUGUCCAUUAGUCUGUUUGUCUGUAAAAUCAGCCUGGUCUCAUAGACUAGACGUAACAUAGUAAAUGUAAAUCCGGGGACACUCAAAUGAGUAUGAUAUGUUAUGUUUGGUAUGAUUACAUAAGACAGAAGGUUACUUAAGGCAAAAACCAAAGUAGGGUGGUUGCUCUGGAUGGAUGGGUAGAUGUAUAACGCGAAUGUCUAGCAACCCAAAGGUUGUUUGUGGACAACUUUAGCAUUUUUGCUAAUUAGCAACUUUGCAACUACUUACUACUUUGCAACUACUUAGCAUGUUAGUUAACCUUUCUCCUAACCCUUUAACCUAACUCCUAACCUUAACCUUAACCCCAACCCAGCUAACGCUAGCCACCUAGCUAACGUUAGCCACCUAGCUAACGUUAGCCACAACAAAUUGGAAUCGUAACAUACUAUAUGUUUUGCAAAUUUGUAAUGUCUCCUAUAUCUGCUGUUUCCAUCACACAUUUGUUUGUUUGUUGCGACAUUGCUUUUGUCGAAUAAACCUGGGUCAAUGGAAACGUGCCUAUUGUUUCAACUGGGGCCCUGAGUUUCCCGUGCCAAUGAGUUCCCGUGUAUUUGAGUUCCGUAUUUCAGCCCCUUUGCAGUUAGCCUACUUUUUGAAGCGAUUUGUUUGACAAUCAGAUGAAAACAUGACUGGUUGUGUUCAUGCCACAUUAAGGUAAUACAUUUUUUACCUUUAAAAUACAUGUCUUUACUUAAGCCGAUAAAAAAAAUCUAAGUCUUGUGAAAGAAAAUGAUAUAAUUUGCGAUCUGCUUGACCAGCGUCUUCCACCUCAUGGUGAAACUUGAGUUGCACCGAAUGAUUUCUACCUCAUGCACAAAUUCUUGUUUUUACUAUGACCAGAGAAAGUGUAAUAGUCCUUAAUAUUAAAAGAGACACGAGCCACUAAUAAUAAAAACUCAGGCCUAUCUGGGUCCCCCUGUAGCUCAGUUGGUAGAGCAUGGCACUUGCAACCCCAGGGUUGUGGGUUCGUUUCCCACGGGGGGGCAGCAUGAAAAUGUCUGCACUCACUAACUGUAAGUCGCUCUGGAAAAGAGCGUCUGGUAAAUGACGUAAAUGUAAAUGUAUCUGUACACCACUCAUUGCAGAUACAGUGCUGGUUGUAGAGUGAGUCGAAGUAGGGAGAAGCGCGUUUCUUGGUUUAUAAAAGUGUUCAAUAAAAACACAUUUGAAAGUGUUGAAUAAAAACUUGAACACAAACUCACUCAUUAAAACAGCAGCCCUUUUCUGUAUUCUUUGACAAUCGCUCAUCGUUAGCUCAAGCCACUGCACAUCUUGGAUCCACUUUUCUCGAAAAAAGUAUUUUCUUCGGCUUGCUCCAGUUGGCGUUCUUGUAGGUGGCGAAAUGCAAAAGGCUGCUUAUGUCCGUUGCUUUUUGGACAUCCCUGAAGUAUUGACAAGCAACAUGUCAUGUGUAAGGUUAGUAGAAGAUCGGUCAAGUAACUGCAAAGGCGCGUAUAACACAAAGUGGCAUUAACGCAUUCCUGAUUUUUGUCGCUUGCGUAUCUGCGUACCAGUUAUUGUGCACCCCUGCAUAUAAGUCUUACGGUGCUUAAAUCCAUGGGUUAUUUCCUAGUAUCGAUACAAUGAUUUAUUACAUUUUAAAACGAUGUUAGAUCGAUAUAUGUUGUCCAAAAGGCCACUCGCCGCGCACAGAUCGAUGUAUUGGAUCAAUGAAUAAAUCGAUACAUCGAUGUAGUAGAUGAAUCGUUACACCCCUAAUACAUUGCAUUCGGAAGGUAUUCAGACCCCUUGACUUUUUCCACAUUUUGUUACGUUACAGCUUUAUUCUAAAAUGUAUUACAUUAAUUAUUUUCCUCAUCAAUCUACACAAAACACCCCAUAAUGACAAAGAGAAAACAGGUUUUUAGAAAUUGUUGCACAUUUAUUCAAAAUUAAAACCAGAUACCUUAUUACCAUAGUAUUCAGACCCUUUGCUAUGAGACUCGAAAUUGAGCUCAGGUGCAUCCUGUUCCAUAAUCAUCCUUGAGAUGUUUCUACAACUUGAUUGGAGUCCACCUUGGUAAAUUCAAUUGAUUGGACAUGAUUUGGAAAGGCACACACCUGUCUAUAUAAGGUCCCACAGUUGACAUUGUAUGUCAGAGCAAAAACCAAGCAAUGAGGUUGAAAGAAUUGUCCGUAGAGCUCUGAGACAGGAUUGUGUGGCACAGAUCUGGGGAAGGGUACCAAAAAAUUUCUGCAGCAUUGAAGGUCUGCACCAUUCUUAAAUGAAAGAAGUUUAGAACCACCAAGACUCUUCCUAGAGCUGGCUGCCCGGCCAAACUGAGCAAUCGGGGGAGAAGGGUCUUGGUCAGGGAGGUGACCAAGAACCCGAUGGUCACUCUGACAGAGCUCCAGAGUUCCUCUGUGGAGAUGGGAGAACCUUCCAGAAGGACAACCAUCUCUGCAGCACUCCACCAAUCAGGCCUUUAUGGUAGAGUGGGCAGACGGAAGCCACUCCACAGUAAAAGGCACAUGACAGCCCAUUAGAAACAAGAUUCUCUGGUCUGAUGAAGCCAAGAUUGAACUCUUUGGCCUGAAUGCCAAGCGUCACGUCUGGAGGAAACCUGCCACCAUCCCUACGGUGAAGCAUGGUGGUGGCAGCAUCAUGCUGUGGGGAUGUUUUUCAGCGGCAGGGACAGGGAGACCAGUCAGGAUCGAGGGAAAUAUGAACGGAGCAAAGUACAGAGAGAUCCUUGAUGAAAACCUGCUUAGGACCUCAGACUAGGCGAAGGUUCACCUUCCAACAGGACAACGACCCUAAGCACACAGCCAAGACAACACAGGAGUGGCUUCGGGACAAGUCUCUGAAUGUCCUUGAGUGGCCCAGCCAGAGCCUGGAAUUGAACCCGAUCUAACAUCUCUGGAGAGACCUGAAAAUAGCUGUGCAGCGACGCUCCCCAUCCAACCUGACAGAGCUUGAGAGGAUCUGCAGAGAAGAAUGGGAGAAACUCUCCAAAUACAGGUGUGCCAAGCUUGUAGCUUCAUACCCAAGAAGACUCAAGGCUGUAAUCGCUGCCAAAGGUGCUUCAACAAAGUACUGAGUAAAGGGUCUGGAUACUUAUGUAAAUGUUAUAUUUCCGUUUUUUUUUUUUUUACACGUUUGCAAAAAUGCAUAAAAACAUGUUAUGGGGUAUUGUGUGUAGAUUGAUGAGAAACAAACACAAUUUAAUCCAUUUUAGAAUAAGGCUGUAACGUAAUAAAAUGUGGAACAAGUCAAAGGGUCUGAAUACUUUCCGAAUACACUGCAUAUUUAAAAAGACACACAAAAUAGGUCUGUCGUGGCGUCCCCUCUGACUGGGUCUCCUCUGCCCAGUGCAUCACGUUGGACACUGCUUCAGGCCCACAGCAGCCUCCCCAUCUCCAGCUCCAUACAGCAAACCAACAUUGAUUUACAGUAAGGGGGGCACCCAGCACAUUAGUAGGGUUUAUUGAAUUUAGAGCGAAUCCAAACGAACUCCUCUGACAUUUAGGAAUAUGCAAACAUUCACGCACAUGUGCACAUGUGUACACACAUACACACACCACACACACACACACCACACACACACACACACACACACACACUUUGUAACUUGUACAGAAUGGCUGGUCGAUGCUAGCUAACCCAUUUACUGUACUGUCCUCAUGACCUUCAUAUGUCUGCCAUCAGACAAUCAAUGUAUGUGUAUGCAUGUGUGUGUAUUGUUCCACAGAAUGACCCUCAGAAAAUGGAGGACCCUGUGAAGUCUCCGUUCACUCAAGGGGAGGAGUAUCUGAACAUCGCCAACUCUCAUUCGCCGAAACAUAUGAACAACCACCCCGCCCACUCCUCUGACCACACCCCUAACACAAACGAGGAGGUAAAUAGAGAGAAGGCAAACUCCUCCCCCUCCAACGACUUAUACUAA